CAGGCUCUGCACAUCUUUGCUUUGCUCUUUGCAGAAUACUGUUUUGAAAACGCAAAGCAUGCGAUGCAUUAUUCUUGAAUUCUAUUUCAUAGAAAAGUGAACACUUAGGAGCAAAUAUGUGUACGUGGAUUAAAAAUACAGCCUUCACCGAAUAUUGCCGUAAAAUUUCUAAACAAUGGUUUUUGAUCUGGUUGGUAGUAGCGGGUUUGCUUGUGGUAGUUGGUAUUAUCCUCGUAUGUGAAGUUCCAAGUAAUAAUAAUAAUGAGGUAACUAAACAAUCAUUCAAAUAUGAAAACAUAGAAUCGAUAAGCUACACUAACUGUACAGAUGAUAAUGACAGAGUAUGCCAUGAGUACAUAGAACAUACAAACGAUACUUGUACUUGUAUUGAAUAUUUUGGUAUAACAAAAGAUUGGGAAGGCGACUUAGUCGUGUUAUAUGAACUACCCGACUUCAAUCAAUCGUCAAUUGCAAAGGAACAGAAUUACUUUUCAUCAAGGGACGACUUGCAGUUGAACGGUGUUCUGUCGCCGAACGUAUCAGAAGCAUGCGAGCCGUAUGCGUAUAACGAAGGCAAGCCGAUAGCACCAUGCGGGGCUAUUGCCGACGCCAUGUUUACAGAUGAAUACUCGAUCACGUGCGGGAAAAACCCCCUACCAAUGUUGUACACCGGACUUUUAUUGGACAGUGAGAAGGAAGGCUUCAGAAAUCCUCCCCCAAAGGACGAUUUACAAACAGCUUUCCAGAAUUUCUCGAAGCCAAAAAAUUGGACGAAAAACAUUUGGGAGCUUCAGAGUACAAAUAAAGGUUUCGAGACUGAAAGAUUCAUAGCGUGGAUGAGGACCGACUUAGCUCGCAAACCCAUUUGGCGUCUAGACCGCUCCAAAGAGCCGUAUACUAAAGGCUUAACUGGAUUGAAGGGGUCGGAAUGCAGGAUCCGCAUUAGAUAUAACUACCCGUAUUCCCGAUAUGCUGGAGAGAGAAUAGUGAUCGUAGCACAAAGAGUUACAGUUAACGAAACACAAAAAUUAGAGGAAAAGACGAAUUCAUCAAACUCCAAUCUUACAAGUGGAAUAAUUUUGAUAAUUAUUGGAGUACUAUUUGGCGCGUGUGGGUGGCUGCUCAAGAGAAAAGAGACGGAAGUGCUACGGCUGUUACCCUGGUUGAAAAAGGACUCCGAACCAAAACUUCAAGACAAGGAAGUUGCCAACGCGCCACUGGCUGAAGAUAAGAAAGACGAAAAGAAAGCAACAGUUGAAUCUCAAUUGAUAGACCGCGGGAAGCCCGGCGAUGGUUCUAGUGCUGGUGAUAGUGCAGUCCUACCAACAAGUUAACAUAACACACGUCAUUGCAUCACGCUUCUAUCCCCAAAGGGGUAGGCAUAGAUGUUUAGUACACCCACUCCUAUUGCCUAUUGCCAUUGACCGGGCCAAAUUCUGGAAACCACGUGAUAUCAAUUAUCUACAAUCCGAACAUGAAUUCAAACUCAUAAAGACGAUGUAGUUGAAAGUUGAUGGUGGCACUAAUUUCUGCAGACAACCCCGAAUUUUAUUUUAAGUUAUACCUAUCAUUUUCUUAUUUACCGAAAAGGAAAGGGACGGAUGAUUGACAGAUGUUAAUUUUAAAAUGAACGAGUGAAUGAAUGAAUAACCCGGAAGAAUAAAAUAGGCAUCAUCGGUAUGCAACCUCUUUAACGUUUGCUGUCAACUUAAUUCUGUUGUAUUUUUGGCUAAUGUAAAAUUUUGAGAGGGUUGUUUGAAUUUGUGCCUGAAAUUGACUUGUGUCCCAUAAAUUUUAUACUUUUCGACUAAGAAAAUGACAAAUAAGUGAACAUAAAACUAGAUAGUGUCUACAGGAAUUAUUAUUAUUAGCACCAUUAAAUUGCUGCCGAUUCUGGCGGACAAAAAUAAAUCUUUCAGUCCGACAGGACAAAAAAAAUAAUGCCGUCCUUUACUUACUUACGAUUAGAGCAAGAAAGAGAUAGAGCCAGAACUGUCAAAAGUUAUUGUUAUUAUAUUAUAUUUUUGUCUGCCGAGAUCAGCAGCAAUCUAAAUAUAUAAAAGGAGAAACUUCUAUGCUGUUCUGGGAGCAAAUAAAAAACAUAGAACACGUUCAGCUGCUUGUCUUCCCGGGCAUGUCGUAAAAACCGACAGAGGGAUUGCGUCCUCUAACAUGAUGGACUAAUGUUAUGGGCGAUAGGCUGAUCCCUUAUCACCAUAAGGUUCAUCAUAUCCAUCUUGGGACUUCGUAUCAACAGUGGCUGCAAGUUGUCUUUGAUUACUUGUGGCUCUGCCCACCCCAUUUGGGAUUACGGGCGUGAGUUUAUGUAUGUAUGUAUGUAGAUCAGCAGUAAUAUAAUAAUAAACUAAAAGAAAGCGGUUAUAUCCACUUGCUAUUAAAUCACGUCGCGGAAGUGUUAAGUUGACUUACACUUGCGCAAAUUUAUUUUAUUGAUAUUUUUGUAAAUAAUAAGAUAAGAACUAAACGUUUGCACUUAUUGGAAACUAUUUAUAAACAUUUAUUUGUGUAUUUAUAGGCUACGUACGUUAGAUUGCCUAGAUUAGAAUUACAAUGCAAAAGAUAACUUAACCCUUUCACGGGCAGAUACCAUGUGUCAUCGAUGGUUCAUAAUAGUAUGACACCUUGGAAUUGAAACGUCAUUAGACGUUCUGUCUUUGAAAGUGUUAAUUUACAUAAAACCAAAGAAAUAAUGCAUUUAUACAAACAGAACAAUAUAAGUGAAAUCAGAGGCCUUACUGUUAAACAGCCAAUUUGCUCUAGUCCAGUCUAAGAGAGCUAUAGUAAUUAUAAUCCAGAAAGGUAAUAUUUAAACUCCCAUAAUCUAUGUUCAUAAUUUUAUCUUUUCGGCAAUGUUACAGCAAGUUGAUUAAUGUAGUUAAUCAACACAUCUCAAAAAAAGACUGCAAAAUAUAUUUUAUAUUUUAAAUAUAUUAAUAAAAACCUAUUCUAUAUAUAUUAUUUAUUUGUAUGUAAUGAACGCAUUAGUGAAUUGAUAUGUUAUUGGUAAGUGUAAAACUCUAAAUAACUCAGCUGAAGAUAUUGUAUUCUUCUCUGUGUGUAUAUUUUAUAUUCGAUUAAAUAUACCAUUAAGAAAUAUAUGAAAAAAUAUAUACCUAUUGUGUUUAAUAGUAUGCAGGCGAUGUAUUGUCGAAGUAUGCAGAGACAGACGUAUAAGGUAAAACCUGACACGACGUUUGUACAUAAAAAGGUGUAUAAACCAUAAUUUAUGUAUACUGGGUGUUAGUGACAUCGUAACGAAUACUGAGGGGGAUGAUUCAGGCCAUGAUUCUGAGUUAAAAUCAAGUGGAAUUUUCCGUCGCAAAAUUCAUGAUUUUUUUAAUUAUUUUUUUAAUUAUUUUCAAUUCUAUAAUUUUGCGAUCAAAAAUUCCACUUGAUAUUAACUCAGAAUAAUGAGCUAAAUCAGCCCCCUCAGUAUUCGUUACGAUGUCACUUACACCCCGCACCAGUACAUACAGGUAGCCAUACAAGUAGGUAUGGGUGUCAGUUACACCGUAACAAAUACUGAGGGGGAUGAUUCAGACCAUGAUUCUGAGUUGAUAUUAAGUGGAAUUUCCUGUCGGAAAAUUCAUGAAAAUUUUUGUGUUUUCUUAAAUUAUUUUCCAUUCCAUACUUUUGCGACGGAAAAUUCCACUUGAUAUCAACUCAGAAUCAUGGCCUGAAUCAUCCCUCAAAGUUUUCGUUACGAUGUCACUAACACCCUGUAGAUAGCCAGACCCUCAAAUCAUCAUGUACAAGUAUUAUCAUUAACAACUUUAUUAUCUUUACUUAAGGUACAGUGUUGUUGCCUCAACUUCGCAUUAGUGAAUUGAUAUGUUUGUAAUUUAGUUAGAUAGCUUUGUGCCAUCCAUCAUCAUCAUCUCCCUAGCAUUGACCCGUAUUCACAAGGUCCGCUUACCCAACCUGAGGAUUUGACAGGUCCGGUUUUUUACAGAAGCGACUGCCUGUCUGACCUUCCAACCCGCGAAGGGAAAGCAGAAGGACAGGCAGACGCCUUUGUAAAAAACCGGACCUGUCACAUCUUCAGGUAAGGUAAGCGGACCUUGUGAAAAACUGAUGAUGAUUGACUAGCGAAUAGGGAAUCCGAGCAAAGAUUAUAUAGGUAUGAAAACGGCAUACAAGGGGUUUCAAAUGCAGUUUUCCCGCCUACAAGCCCACCUACUAGCCACAUAAAUUAAUAAAAUAUAAUAAGGCCCAUGCCACAAUUCACAGUAGCCUGCAUUCCUAUUUUGUACCUUUGUCAGCUGCGGUGGACAAUACGUUUCUGUCAAAUUCGUGUAUUCAACAUAAUUGUUAAAUAAACGAAAUAUCAAAUCGUCGAAGUUACACAGAAAACAACAUAAGUUCUCGCAAUAUGAACUAAGUACCUACACCUCACCGAGCUUAGAAGUUAUACUUACAGUAAAUUAUGUAAGUAUAUUGAAGUAAGUAGUAAAAGUGACCGUAAUUACAAGGCAGUGGGUCGUCUAAUAGGGACUGACUUUAGUUUCUGACCAUUUUUAUUGUUACACAUAUUUUUAUACCUACCUAAAAUAAAUAUUCGAAAAAUAAA